CCGACGGACAUAUUUUGUGUUACGCAAAGGCAGCGGCUCCUAAGGCAUUGAAGUGUUGUGAGGGCAAAAUUGCAUUUUGUUUGCAUUUGUUGACGUAUCCGUUUGCCAUUUGGAUUUGGGAUUCAAGCAUUUCUAUCAGGAAUUGUUUCAGAGCUUUCGGAAGAGGUGACCUGGUGUGUCACGCAAUCCAGCGCUAGGAUGUUUGCUAAGCCUUUCCGUGUGAAAUCCAACACAGUGAUUAAAGGAUCUGACAGGAGGAAGCUAAAGACGGAGAUCUCUAACACCUACCCAGCACUGUCUGUGGAAGAUCUGUCCGAGCUGGUCCCAAACAAGGAGGAACUGAAUGUGCUUAAGGUGUAUGCACACAAAGGAGAUGCUGUCACCAUAUACGUCCUCCACAGAAACCCCAUAUUCUUUGAACUGGAGAAGUAUAUUUAUCCCACAGUCUAUACUCUUUGGCGCUAUCCUGACAUCCUGCCAGCUUUCAUGACCUGGCCUGCGGUGCUUCAGAAGCUAGCAGGAGGAGCAGAUCUUAUGUUGCCUGGUGUGGUUGUGCCACCUGAGGGACUCCCAGAUGUGAGACAGGGUGACUGCUGUGCCGUAACUGUGGUGAAAAACAGGGCCCCGGUCGCCAUGGGCACCGCCGCCAUGUCCACCUCGGAGAUGUUAGGCUUGGCCAUGAAGGGGAGAGGGGUGUCCAUUCUGCACGCCUACAUGGACAGUCUGUGGGCAUUUGGUGACAAGACAGGACCACCGACUAUUCUGCCCCUGCAUAACAUGGAGUUUGCAGAGGACGACUGCAUGAGGGAGGGGGAGAUUGAAGAGGAGGCUUCUGCCAGUCAGGACAGGGAUCCAGACACGGACCCUCCCAGCGAGGGUCUGAAGGAGCUCAGUCUCAGUCAGGACGAAUCAGAGGGGGGGCAGGAGCAGGUGGACGGAGAGGAACAUUUAGAGGACAGCAGAUCUCCACAAGAGCAGAUGGAUGCUCUGCUUGUUCGCUGCUUCCUCCACGCCCUCAAGAGUAAGGUGAAGAAAUCCGAGCUCCCGCUGUUAACCAGCACUUUCCUGCGGAACCACAUGUUCUCCUGCUGCCCUAAUGGGAAGCAGUUAGACAUCAAGAAAUCAAGCUACAAAAAGCUCUCCAAGUUCCUGCAGUCGAUGCAGCAACAGCACCAUCUCGUCCAGGUGAAGGAGCUCAGCAAAGGGGUGGAGAGCAUAGUUGAAGUGGACUGGAAGAAUCCUGAGCUGCGCUCUUUCUGCCUGCCCGAGGAGGGCAUGCCAGAGGACGUUCCCGCGCGGGAUGGCGGCCACUCCGACGUGCCGUACCACCCCCCCGAGAUCACCCUGCUCUACACUGUCACUGCCCGGCUGGAGCCCCUCUUCCAUGAAUCCCAGAAGAAGAAGGGUGCAGUGCUGUGCCCAGGAGAAGUGAGGACCGUUGUGACCGAAUAUGUGAAGAAGAACGAGCUAGUAGAUGAACAAAACAAGAACUAUGUCAACAUCAACCCCACGCUCUGUGACUGCUUGCUGGACAAGUCUGAGUACCAGGAGGUGGAGCGACUCAAGUGGGAUGAUCUCUUCUCCAGAACAAUGGAUCGAAUGCAGCAGUGUUACCAGCUGCAGUUCCCUGGCCAAGAGCCCGUCAUCAGAAAGGGCCAAAUUGAGCCCAUCGAUAUUUCAGUCGCUUCUAGGGGAUCCAACAAGAAGGGGGGGAAUUACCAGUAACGCACCAGUAAAGCAUUGCAUACAGGAAAUAGCAUUGUGCAAAAUGCGUUGUGGGCAUUUGCAUUUUCUCACAUUGUUUGAGCAGCAUCUGGUAAGACUGUUAUUCCAGAUCUCCCCUCUGCCUUGUGUUUCUGCUGAACCUUGCUGUUGCUUAAUAAAUGCCUAAUUGAGGUUGCCACACACUUUCACAGUCCCGCUCUGGUGUUUGCACAGAAGUAUUGAAAGCUCCCAGAACGGGCGAUUUCACACCCUUUCACACCCCCAAACUCCAGCCAUCCUUGCAUGACUGUCAUGAUCUAACGAGUCUAGUAAUGUCACGGUGUAGCUGAACCCACAGAGGCUUAAGUGCUGAGGAAUCUCUCUUAACUACUGACGCCUCUCAGGUGAAUGUUGAAUCGCUAACAGUUGUUCUUGACUUGCUACUACCAGACGUACCUCAGCCUGGAUGUCUGAAAACCCUCAUAGACAGUGUUUGUUCAGAUUUUCUCCAGGUGAUUAAAUUUUCUCUUGCAAUCCAUAAACAUGCAUUUAGGCCAAUCAGAACAUCUGCAGUAAUUUAUCUAUAGUGUGUGACCGUGCCCGCCGCCUUAUCCGUUGUGCUUCCUGGGACAGGGAUCACCGUGACACUUAUGUAAGUAGCUGUGGAACUUGACUGGAUGCUGAACAUAAAUCACCCACUUGUCAGCCUAAAUACCUCUAGAUGUGUAACCGCAGUCAUUAGCAGGUUUUUGUCUCCUCAUGGGCUCACCCUAUGACGCCAUGCGCUUCCCUAUC